AUGUUCGUAUUGGAACUUCUGGUGCGAGUGAAUCUAUCUAUCUAUCUAUCUAUCUAUCUAUCUAUCUAUCUAUCUAUCUAUCUAUCUAUCUCAUAUCUAUAUCAUAGUCUAUAUCUGUCUGUCUAUCUAUGUUCAUAUCUAUCUAUGUUCAUAUCUAUCUCAAUGUUUUCAUUCUAUCUAUCUAUCUAUCUAUCUAUCUAUCUAUCUAUCUAUCUAUCUAUCUAUCUAUCUAUCUUGGUCAGUUCAUAUCUAUCUAUCUAUCUAUCUAUCUAUCUAUCUAUCUAUCUAUCUAUCUAUAUCGGUCUUUUCAUAUUUAUCUAUCUAUCUAUCUAUCUAUCUAUCUAUCUAUCUUGGUCUGUUCAUAUCUAUCCAUCUAUCUCAGUCUGUUCAUAUCUAAAUCAUAGUCUAUCUGUCUGUCUAUCUAUGUUCAUAUCUAUGUUCAUAUCUAUUUAUGUUCAUAUCUAUCUCAAUGUUUUCAUGCUAUCUAUCUAUCUAUCUAUCUAUCUAUCUAUCUAUCUAUCUAUCUAUCUAUCUAUCUAUCUUGGUCUGUCUAUUCAUAUCUUACGCUGCCAUCCUUUUUUGUCCUAA